AUGACUACUUCUGUGCCUAGCACUGCUACCUCACAAGUUGUUCCCGAUGGAACUACAACAGCUGCCGAACAUCAACCCGAGCAAGACACAACCACGUCCAAAACGACCACCAACACCACGGAGAUUCUGGAGAAGCUGAGAAAUUUUAAAAUCAAGCAAAAGCUCGGGAGCAAAACGUUGCUACUCGAGAAAGAUAAUGUUGAAGCGCUGCUCACGUUUGAGACGGCGUUUAGCGAGGAAGUGGCGAGUUUGUUUGCGAAGGCAGAGUAUGAAAUGUAAAAGUGUCUGGGUCUGGAAGAAUGCAACUUGUCAUGCUAAAUCUGAAGUAUGCAAAAAACUGUGUUGCAUGACUACCAAAAGUCGUCCAGUUUUGACCAAGUCGGGAGGGAGUUUCUCAUGCAGGAUAGGCAUGAGAGAGAUCGCACAGAAUCUGUCACGCUAGGCCCUGCAUUCCAGACCUCAUGGGUCAUGGAAAAGCUGCAUGACAAGUCGCGCAUUCUUCCAGACAUCCAGGGAUUUUUACAUUUGAUACAGAGAUAAGUAGUGCCGGUUCUAUGGUGGACGAGAAUGGUGCUAAAACAAAUGAGAAACAAGUAGAUCAAGACCAAACAACGACUACUGGCUGUAUUUUGGAAAAAACCCUGGCCGCGCUCCUCACCGGGAACAAGAAGGAGAGCAACGACAUUGCUUGUUUUCACAAGGUAUCAAAUGCAAAAAUGUCUGGGUCUGGAAAGUUGGAACUUGUAAUGCGUGUCAUGCAUUCCUGGAAAAUCUGUGUUGCAUGAGCAGCAAGACAGAGGCUUUCUUUGUCAUGCGAAAACGCAAUUUGUGAUGCGUGCUAGGCAUCAGUAGACCUCUCAAAAACUUGCCAUGCUUGGCUGCCAUGGGAAGGGCUUCAAUCAUGCGCAAUUCAGCAUCACAAGUUUCCAGACCCAGACAUUUUUACAUCUGAUACAAGGAUUUCGAAAACAUCGCCGUCAACGACCGAUACGUGUCCGGCUUGCGGCUCCUGAAUGCGGCGGACUUGCUAUCAAAAUGAAAAAUCCCCCCUCCCCACAUCAAAGUGGGAAUUUCUGAUGCUGAUUUGUGGCCACAAAUCACCUUUGUCUUCUGCCUAUAGGUUUGUAAAGGGACGAGCCAUGUUUUGCAUUCGACAGCCAGUUCGUCAUGCGCUUUCGACUACUGCAACUGCAAACCUGUUCAUUGUCAUGCGUAAUUGCUAGCCUUCUGCAUACCCAUACCCAAAACUUCUCAGAAAAUGCCGCCAAGCACUUUCUGCGAAGACAGAUCUGAUCUGUGUACGCAAAUCAGCAUCGGAAGCUUCCUGUUGAUAUGGGGAGGGGGGAUUUUUCCUUCUGAUAUUUGAAGCUGUCCCUGGUCCUUCCCGCUGAUCGCAGAGACGUGUACAAAGCGACACCCGAGCUGCUUUUCCGGGUCCUUGAGACGGAGGACUUGUAUAAUUCUGUCACGAAAAAGAAGUUUGUGAACAACCCGAAAACCGCAGCGAGAGACCAGUGGGUGCGGAACAUCAUCUAUCAACUGUAAAAAUGUCUGGGUCUGGAAGAGCACAACUUUGUUAUGCACAUUUUCCAUGAUCCGUGACGUCUGUGAUGUAUGCCAUAGCAUCACAGAUUUCUUGAGCGCUUAUCUAUGCGCAUCCAGCAUGACAAAUGCCCUCUCCGCGUAGCCAAAUUUGAAUCCUCUUGCUGGUCAUGCAAUACAAGUUUUUUUAGCAUCCAAAUGCAGCAUCACAAGUUUGGCUCUUCCAGACCCAGACAUUUUUACAUUUGAUAUCAUCGAAGGUAAAGCGGAACAGGACCGUUUGCUCGUGGACGAUAUCUCGUGUAAAAACAUCCCCACCCCAGAGUUGUCAUGCAAUUCUGCACGCCAAAAAAGUUUCUCAUGCGGAGCCCCAUGAGAUGCAUUUUCUAGUCGUGUUUUGGAAUUUGUGAUGCUAGAAUCAGCAUGCUAUGCUAGGUCUGUGAUGCUGCUGACCUACCUAAAACAGGAAUACACUACGAGGACAAACUUGUCAUGCCAAACAACCAAAGCUGGUUGAUUUGUCUUGCAGAUUGACCAUCUUGACUCUGGUGUGCGGACGUUUUUACUCAGGAUAGACGAAGAGGAAUUUCUGGUCGUGCGGGACUCAAAGUGGGUGGAAAGCGACAGUGUCAGUACGGGCGAGAUGUUGAAUAGUACAGCAACUGCAAGUUCUAUCGCAAGAAAAAACUGUUUCACUGUGAACUUGUGAUGCAUGGAAUGGAACACAGAACGAUUUGUCUUGCUACACCCCCAACGCAUUGGAUUUUUAAGCGUGUUUUCCCUUGGGAAGCGCGCAUGGCAAGUUUUCUGUGUCAUGUGUAGCAAACUUGUGAUGCGGAUCUUGCAAAACCAUCACAGUGAAACAGUUUUUUCGUUGGAUAAGUUCUGCUACUGCAACUACUUCUGCGUCAACAACACCAACCACCGUCGCGGAGCAGUUGCACUGUUUGUUUCUGCUGAAGGACCCGGCGAUCCGGUCCCUCCGGGACUUACAGAGCGGGAAACAUCUAGCCUUGUUGAAGCAGAUAGAGAGCAAAAUUAUUCCGGAGCAGUUGGCGAGGACCUACAACAUUCCGAAGGACGACUUUGUUGCGUACAUCCACUACCACCCGACGUUUUGGUACUUCCACGUGCACAUCAUGACGGUGAAGAAUCCGCAAUUUACGAACGCCUCCGAACACGUAAACCUGGCUUUGAGCAUGUUCGACCGGUUUCACCCGCUGUCGACAGUGAUCGCGCUGUUGGAAAUGGAGAAGGGGAGGCAGGAAGGAGAUGCAGACUCGACUGCAGUGCCGUUCUUCGCAAAGUGCCCCCUGCCGCUGGUCUUGAAGAAGGAAGUUGCGGCCUGGUACGGGGUGAAGGUACCGGUCGAUGAGGGGCGAGGAGAGCAUGUUGAAGACGGCGCUGCUGGAGGUUCCUCUCGGGAAGACCGGAAGCGACGACGGAAGGAACGUGGGAGGAACCGGGAGGAGAAAAGGGGAGAGGAGGUGGUGGGGGAGACGAAAGAAGGAUGAAGAUUUGAUAAAGUUUUAGAUGUACUACUACUUGGCCUAUGAUCGUCGCCAUUUGGAUUAUAUCUACUAUCGACGUGGUCAGCUUUAUAUUUAGAAUUAGAUGUUGUAUUCGUAGCGCAUCUUUUGGUUGGCUUUUAGCAUCAAUCGAGUCAGCGAACCUUCCUAGAAGCUUUGUAACCUCCGAUCUUUCACUGAAAGAACAGAAGACGACUGUGAGGCCGAUCUUUCCCGAGUUUUCCCUCGGGCUGAUUCUUCAUAUUUCUGAGCGACGUGAUGAACAGGAAAAGUCCUCUGAAGAUAUUAUAUAUUGAGUAAGGGAAAUAGAAGUUUGUCUUUGUUCGAUCAU